CCUAGCGCACCAGCAGUGACUUGCUCUUCCCGGGCGGCUGGUUCUUUCCUGCGUUCGUCAGCUCCUACCGGUUUCGGGCGGCUCCGCAGCCUCGGCGGCCCAACCGUCGCUCCGGGACCGGAGAGCGAGCCCGCGCAGCUGCCACUAAGGUUUGAAUUCAGCAUCUUCUGCUGUACCACUACUAAUUAAAGCACCAUGCUGUUUACCUCCAUUUCCAAUGUUUCUACCUCUACCGCCUCUGGACUCUCAUCUACAACAUCAACCACUACAGCGACCACUAUCACCACCAACACCACUACCACAACCACCAGUGGCUUUACAUUUCUUCUGAAACCACUGGCAUCAACCUGGAUUAAUACUUCUGUUCCAGUCAGGGCUAAUUCUAUACCUCUUACUUCGACUGUUAAUUCAAUUAGUACUCCUCUGAUGACAGCCCGGAACCUGGAGGAUAUGAUAAAUGAUUGGAACCUUGAACAAGAGGAUUCUGAGAAGCCCUUUACUCUGCAGCCCACCCAGGUCAACACUUGGAAUUGUGCACCGACUGAGAAUGAUCAGACUAUUCCUGUACCUGGAGAAGCAGAAAAGGUGAAACUGAAUCCGAGAAGGUUGGAAAACGAAUUGGAUUUCAUCCUAACACAGCAGAAAGAACUGGAAGAUUUGUUGAUCCCAUUAGAGGCAUCUGUGACACAUCAGAGUGGGUUUGGCUAUCUGCAACACACAGAUGCACAGCGUGAAUGGAUUUACAAAUUAGCAGAAACUAUAGAAGCUCAACUGAAACAUAUUGCCCAAGAUCUCAAGGACAUCAUUGAGUACCUGAAUACAUUUGGAAGUACUGCCGACACUACUGAAUCAUUCCAGAAGAUCUGCAGAAUUCUGAAUGGUCAUAUGGAUGCUCUGCGCAGAUUGGUCAAUAUUCAGGAAUGUGGGAGCAGCAACACUAAGAUGCCUUUGUGAGCCUCCUCAGCGUAUCCAAGG